GAGGGUCACACAUCUUCUGGUUCAUUAGGAGGGCACCACGGAGGUGGAAAACUGGGCAUCGUGCCAUGGACUCAAUAUGUUUCACCUAGGAUGCCAGCUGCUGCUGUACAGAAAGCCAAACUGUGGUCAGGAAUCAGACCUAGCCUGCCAGCCAGUACAUCUGCAGCUCCAAUGAAUGAGGGUGCGCUGGCCCUGCCCGUCAUUAACAGUUGGAUGGCAGACUUGGCAAUCCCUGUAACAAUAACAA